UUAAUCUUCGUACCAAGCAUGGACCUACAAGUUUGAUCGGUGGAAAGUCUCUCAUUUAUAUACUAUUCAGGUACUUAUAACCUGAUAGUCGUGAAGAUGAAGGCAUUACGGCGCCUUCUGCCCCCACCACGUACAGCGCUCACAUCGCAGGUGCAGUGUUCACAGAGACGUUGCUCCGGCACUGACAGCGACUCUGGGGAGGCUCGGCUGGAGGAGCUUCUGAAGACGCGCUUCCCUACAGCCUCCGCCGUCCGCGUACAGGACAUCUCCGGUGGCUGUGGGUCAAUGUAUGAAGUUUGGGUAGAAUCUUCCGACUUCCAAGGACUGAGUCGCGUGAAGCAACACAGACUUAUUACAGAGGCGCUCGCCGAGCAGAUCAAGGACAUGCACGGGCUCAGGAUCUCCACGUCUGUCCCUGAGUCUUGAUCCUAUCGAAGAUCCUGAUGAUCAGAUCACUCUCUCCUGGUGAUCUUGCUGAUCAUUAGAUGUUCUUCUGGAGAUCUUGCUGAUCAUUAGAUGUUCUUCUGGUGAUCUUGCUGAUCAUUUGAUGUUCUUCUGGGGAUCUUGCUGAUCAUUUGAUGUUCUUCUGGUGAUCUUGCUGAUCAUUAGAUGUUCUUCUGGAGAUCUUGCUGAUCAUUAGAUGUUCUUCUGGUGAUCUUGCUGAUCAUUUGAUGUUCUUCUGGUGAUCUUGCUGAUCAUUUGAUGUUCUUCUGGUGAUCUUGCUGAUCAUUUGAUGUUCUUCUGGUGAUCUUGCUGAUCGUGGGAUCACCCCAUUAACAUCAACCGCGGCUGUGCGCCUGCUUUUCGCAGUCGCAAAGAUGACGCCUCUGCAUGAGUCAUCUUUGGUGUCAUUUCUUCCGCUUCUGAACCGACUAAUCCAUUUGUAGGUUGCUGAUUUAUUUGAGGCGCUGUCACCAUAAACUUGUUCAAGAAAGUCAAUAAUUUGACACUUUUUCCACCCAAGCUUCACGUGGUCGCGAAAGGAUUACUUUAUCAAAUAAAUUUAAUAAAAUGGGUUACUUUAUCAAAUAUUUUUCCAAAGCUGCUGAUUUCUAUUUUGUUUUGGCUAGAAGAAUCUACGGCUAACCAUUAACAGCAAAGUGUCGCUGUGGAGGGCGAUUUCUCGUAGCUAAGAACAUCUGAGACCGUAAUACCAAAAAUUGUUACAAGUUUGUAACUCCGUCACUCGAUUACUGACGGCUUUUCAAGCUAAACCAACCAAUCACGGACGAGAAAUCGGCGCUACGUGUAGUUUGGCCACUAUGUGUACUUAGGCCGCUAUGUGUACUUAGGCCGCUACG